GCACCUCGAAGAGAAGAUGAAGAAGACAACAAAGUUAAAAUCAAAGGGGUCUUGCAAAAAAUGCACGAGGAAUACCCAGUUCUGUUCUGUACCGUUUUGUGAAGCUGGAACAGAAGAGGACAAGGGAAAAGCAAGGGGACAAGAACAAGAUGAAGCAUGUUGUGGACAGCGGGGUAAUGACAAGAUCAAAGGCGCGGUCGUCCGGUUUAAUGGUAUGUCAGUUUACAUGUUUUCAUAUCUCCAUCGUUUAUGAGCUUAUUUUUCGUUAAAAACUAAAGAACGACGAUUGUUGUUGUACUA